CGGGUCCCACCUCCCAUCUGCCAAAAUUGAAUCGCUCUCUUCGCCUCUCCUUGGUCCGCUUCUCUGCUCGCCUCCGCUCCCCCCCGCACUCCUAGCUCCCCAUGGCGGGGCGCUCGCCGUCGCCGAGCCAAGCCGGAGCAACGCCCAACCGCCUAAAGCGCAAGGCCCCUGCAUCUUCCGCCGUCCCCUCCUCCUCCACCUCCUUAGGGGCGGACCAGGCGGCGGACGAGGAGGACAUUGAGGAGCUGGAGAGGGAGGUGGCCGAUCUGGGCCGCCGGAUACUCGAGCACCGCCGUGACGCCGCCGCCCGCUUCAUCGACGCGACAGUAUCGCGCCUCGUCGCCCUCCGCCCGCCCGCCUGCCUCGUCGAAGUUCCAGUUGAAGCACAACCUGCCGUUGGAACCUCGCACGCCGAAGCUGAACAAAAUAUUACUGAAAAGCUAAAGUUGUUCAAGUCCAAGACCGAGGCAAAUAUCUCGGCGAUGCCUAAGGUGCUUGAGAGAAUGAAUGAAUGUGUUGCUCGUAUGGAGAAGGUGGAGCAGUUGAAUUUGAACAUACAUCCUGUUUUCCAAAGAAGGCGGUAGCGUUGAUAUCGUGCUUCUGUUUUAUCUAUUACGCGUGGGCUGCUUGCUCACUCAGCAAUUGUACCAUUUUUAACAUGUUGGUGUUGAAAUAGCCUGAUUCAAGUAGUACUUAGGCGGGAUCUAUUACUGACAAAGCAUUGACAUUUACACUAUGGAUGUACUCCCUCUGUCUCAAAAUGUAACAUGUUGGCGUUGAAAUAGCCUGAUUCAAGUAGUACCAUUUUUUUAUGUCUUACAUUUUUAGGCAGAGGGAGUAACAUUUUGUUCAGAUGUAUUUAAUCAAUGUGUGCGUGUGUGUGUGUGUGUGUGUCAGUGUGUGGCUAUUUUGCUCACUUCUCCAGGCUGUGUACUCUUUGGUAACCCGUUUCUGAACAUUAUAUGUGAAAGGCAAGGCGGUACAUGUUCCUGUUUUGUCA